AUGGCCUCAUUCAAGGAAUUAUCUCUUUCUCGCCCUCUACCUCAGUCCAACCCACGCCACCAUGCCCACUCCAUCUCGCUCGGUGCGGUCAACGCUAAUCAUCGGGUAACUCGCCGUAAAAGUGUCACCACUGCUGCUGCCGCCAACGCUGCCGCCGCGGCAGUCGCUGCCUCCUUGAAGGAUUCGGUUGGGGAGUCAGUAGGAGUUUCUAUGCCUUCGCAUCGUCGAGGGAGCCGGAAAGGCUUGGAAUCUAGUUCGGUCGGGGCCCCCUCCGGCUUCGGCUCUUAUUUCUCACGGAGCAUGAAUAGCCCCAGCCAUGAGCCGCCGGUCGCUCGCAAGGCCUCGCCAACCAACUCAAAUGACGCAUCCUCGACAACCCUCGCGGCCGUAGAUGGAAACAACUCCGCCAGCAAGUCCACCAACAAUAAUAAGAACCGAAACCGUCGGGCCAGCGAGGGAUCGCACCUUAUCAAAAGCGAAGGGAAGCGCCCCAUGACGGAACUUCGCUGCGAUCGUUGCGGGAAAGGGUGGGAACAUGACCCUGCAUGGGCUAUUACCUCGAAACUUCUGAUCUCUAAGCAUCAACAAGUCCAGCUGCUCGAGGCAGCCUCAGUUUUGGUAAAUAUGAACCAGGACGGUCCGCCAGAAGGCGCAGAGGCCGAGUCGGAAGCAUCAUCGGCGUCCCCUGAUGCCUCGUCAGAACUUCGAGAUGGUCUCAGCUCUGCAGAGACCACUCCACCCCCGAUGGAUGAGGAUGACGAGGACGAUGAAGACAUGUCCCCCGAACCAACUAUGGAGAAACGGUACAGUGUCAGCACUGCAUCGGGCCUCCUCUCCCACUCGUAUCAGUCCAUACCCUCGAGCUCCUUCACCGGCAGUGCUCCAUGGCAUUCGCCGGCGUUCUCACACUACCGCCACUCAAGUAUCGAUACCCGACCUUCGACCGCAGAAGCCAAAUUGCACGAAGACGACGAGGCUGACCUCGCUGCAGCCAUCGGUCUCUGCACCUUCAACACCCCUCGCACGCGGCCAGUGCCAAUGUCCCCUAGUGUACCCCCCGUCCCUCCAUUGCCAAGUCGCUUCCUUGACCAGGCCAGCGCGAGUGGUAACGAGAGUCAGAGCUUGGAUCAGUCGGCAACCAAGGAGGCAGAUGCCCUUUUCCCGAACUCUACUCCAAACCUUUUCCUCUCGCUCUCGUAUAACCCUUCCCUGUCGUACAAGGUGUCAGACGAGCGAGAGGUGAAGAUGGGCGAUGCGGAUCGCACCACACGGCAGAGUCGCAAUGCAGACGUUGAUUUUGGGCACCGGCCCUCUGCGGCUGAUGAGGACGAUGAUGGCGUUUUUGGCCGGAUGGAGGAGUAA